GGCUUCACCCUGCUCACCCAUCAUCGUUGGACAUUUCUGAGCCCUGGCUGUACGUGUGAUAUAAAUUGAAAACGUAGCAUGAAAGCUCUUGUAUAAAAAGUCACCUCAUUGAGGGCGGGUAGACCAAAUUAUAUACAGAUCGGAUUAUACGACUAACGCGUUAUUAAUCGAGGGGUUACCUGUCUGAACUCUUGCCAUCCAUCCCAAAUGUGGCAGUUGCAGUGACAGGGCUGGGCAGAGCCUUGUGCCCUGGCCCAUUUGCCCCCACCCAUAGAGCACCUGCUGAACCCUGCCAGGGACCAAGUCACUACCUUAGCCAUGGAGCAGGCCCGGGAGAAGGAGGCAGAGCGACCAGCCCGGAGCAGCAAAGCAGGUCAAGGGCGAAGCGGCCACUCGCGUGCCUCUGGGUCUUCAGGUUCCUCUGGAGUACUCAUGGUGGGACCAAACUUCAGAGUCGGCAAGAAAAUAGGCUGUGGUAACUUUGGAGAGCUUAAACUAGGUAAAAACCUCUACACCAAUGAAUAUGUUGCAAUAAAAUUAGAACCAAUAAAGUCAAGGGCACCACAACUGCAUCUGGAGUACCGGUUCUACAAAACAUUGGGCAGUACAGCAGAGGGACUUCCCCAGGUCUUCUACUUCGGGCCCUGUGGUAAAUAUAAUGCCAUGGUGUUGGAGCUGCUGGGGCCUAGUCUGGAGGACCUCUUUGACUUGUGUGAAAGGUUCUUUUCUCUAAAGACUGUCUUAAUGAUAGCCAUUCAGUUGCUCUCACGGAUGGAGUAUGUCCACUCCAAAAAUCUAAUCUACAGAGAUGUGAAGCCUGAAAACUUCCUAAUUGGGCGACAGGGGAACACAAAGGAGCAAAUUAUUCACAUUAUUGACUUUGGCCUGGCAAAGGAGUACAUAGACCCAGAGACCAAAAAACAUAUCCCUUACAGAGAACACAAGAGUCUCACUGGGACUGCACGAUACAUGUCCAUCAACACGCACCUGGGAAAAGAGCAAAGCCGACGUGAUGACCUGGAAGCCUUAGGCCACAUGUUCAUGUAUUUCCUACGAGGGAGUCUACCAUGGCAAGGACUCAAGGCUGACACCCUGAAGGAACGAUACCAAAAGAUUGGAGACACCAAACGCAACACUCCCAUCGAAGUCCUUUGUGAUAACUUCCCAGAGGAGAUGGCUACGUAUCUGCGCUAUGUCCGAAGACUGGACUUCUUCGAAAAGCCUGAUUACGAGUAUCUAAGGACGCUUUUCUCCGAGUUGUUUGAGAGAAAAGGAUACACCUUCGACUACACAUAUGACUGGGUCGGCAAGCAGAUUCCUACACCAGUAGGGUCUGCUCAUGUCGACUCAGGAGCAUCUGCCAUCACGAGAGAGAGCCAUGCCAAUAGAGAACGAGCCAUGCAGCAACCUCUACGGAACCAGACAGCCGCUUCAGAUGGCAGGGGUGCGUGGGAUGCACAUCCCCACAGAAAGACCAACUCCUCCUACCUAAGCUCCCACCUGGCUGCAGACAGGCCUGGGGGCUCGGUGCAGGUGGUCAGCUCCACCAAUGGGGAGCUAAAUACGGACGAUCCACUGGCGGUACCCUCAAAUGCACCAAUCACGACGCAGGCUGAGGUGGAGGUCGUGGAUGAGGCCAACUGUGUGAAAAUGCUCAACCUGUGGUGCUGUUGUUUCUUCAAGCGAAAACGAAAGAAGAGCUCUCCAAGGCACAGAUGAGCUCCUCACGCUGUGUCCUCACGAAGAAAUGCCCUCCUUUAGGAUGGGAGGGGAGAAAUAUUCACUAAACAAGAAAAGUGGGAUACUUACUUAAUGGUUCUGGGCCCACUGAAUGGAAUUAUUCAGACAGAAUAUUAGACAGACCUAACCCUUAAGUCCUCUAUUUUUUUCUGCUUCACCUGUCUUUCUUUUGACAUUUGGCCUUGUAAAAAAUUACAAGAGGCUCAAAUGCAGGCACACUUAUUUUCUGUACAUCACCUUUUUUGUGUUUCUCUUUAACUUUUUUCUAAACUGGAAAUCUAUCCAGUAGCCUGUUGCUCUUAAUCUUGUCUUUGACUGAGAGACAGUUUAGUCUUUUGGACUCAUUUGUCUCUGUUUUCUUUCUCUGUAUGAAUCAUUCUCUGUUUCUCUAUUUCUCCUCUCUUAAACCAUGCAAAUAACAACUGAAUUUAAGACUUAUUUUAUGGGUUUGUGUGUUUCCUAUUGAUACAUAUUCAUGUUUGUACAUAAUGUAUAUAUGGAUGGACUGGUAUGGGGAGGCUUAUUUAUUAUAAUCCAUGCACCCCUCAUAGCCAUUGAUGUUCAGGCAUUAAACCUCUGUACAGUUUUGGUGCAAUAUAUUACCAUGGCUUUGAUUAGGAGCUCCAUUGUACUUUUCUCUUCUGAAUGAUGUAACCCUUCAUGUCAGAUGUUAACAUGCUUCAUCUCCUUGUCUCCAAAUUUCUACUGCUUUGUUUGUGUCUGUCAGUUUGGGGUUGCAGAAUGAAGUUGAUCCGCAAUGUUGAACUUGUAUACGCUUUGCUUUAUCGUCUCCAAAACACUAAUCAGUAGAACGUUUUAAGUCGGCCCAGAUAUUAACUCUGGAGGCCCGUUCUACCACCAGCCUGUUUGUCUGUCUUGUAAGUGUACAGGAUCUGGGACAAAGAAAGUAGACUUAGUUUUGCUGAGUGCAGUUUAUCAUUGACAUGUCACUGCUUGCUCUUCUGGCCUGACCAUGUGAUGCCUUAAUCAGACCGCCUGUCUAAAGCGCCUUUCAGGACAGGUGCCUGUGCACUGCAUUGAGACACCAGCCAUGAAAAGGACAAGUCUGUUACCAUGACGCUCCCUCACUGCUCUAAUGGCCUGUCACAGACACUGUUGACCUCAAUCCUUACUUCGUAGGGUAUGUCCGCUACUAAGACCAUAUUGUCUUGGCUGAAUUUAUUUGCCUCCUUGACCAGUUUUAAGAAAAUAACUUAAUAGACGGGCACAAAAAGCUGGAAGUGGGUCCAGUCUUUCAUGCGUCCAAACACUUGGGAUAUACUGAGGUCAUUGAAUACUUGUGGAAAUGAUCACAUUCCAUGCUAUUCUCACUGUUGGUUUCUACUAAUACUGAUUCGAAUAUGGAGACAAUGUUUUUCUGGAUCUCCAGAUGUGCUUGUUGUUAUUCCUCGGCUGCAGGUGCCGUGCCCUCUUCUAUUACGAAUGUUAUGGUUAUAAAAUGCUAAACGUGGCAAAGAUGAUGUCUUGCUAAGCACCAGUGUUUACUCCUACCAAGUAUAUGUUGUUUGAAUUCAUUUUGUGUAUUAAAUGUGAACCAGAAAUGUAUGAUGUACUGUAUUUUAGCCUUUUUUUUAUCAAAAACCUUGCAUUUUGGUGGGUGAAAGAAGUGAGAGGUCGGUUCACUUCUUCUGCUCCUACUGUGAAAGUGUUUAUAAUUCCUGUCAAUUUAUUGCUACCAUGGAUAAUAUGAUCAGUGUUUUCUUCCCUUAUGUUAACAAUGGACGGAAAAACAGAACAUAAAGAGGGUUUUUUUUUCUUUUUUUCAAUUUCAUUGUAUAUUUGAAAUUGCAUAACUCCACUGUAGAUGUUCGAACCCUAAACCAAGGUUCUUGUGAAUGUGUUUCGAUGUCCAACAUUAUAUCAUAUUAAAUGUUAUUUGGCGUAAACUGCAGAUUUAUAACACUUCAUCGAGUGAAGCACCCUAGUGAGUACGGAAGCUGCCUUUUUUGGCGUCUUAUAUUUGUACGUUUCAAACCAGUUUUGCUUCUUUUUUUUUUUCUUUUUCUUUUUUUGAUGAGCAGCCUUUUCCCUUAUGACACUUUUUAACUUUUGGUAAAUGUAUUUGAUUUACAUCUUUUAUUCCAGUUGGACUGUUAUUCCCAAAAUCCAAAUGUAUGAUUAAAUUGAUCAAGGUUUGGUCACUUGCAUAUUGGUUGUCCUACCCUAUUUUCCUCUCCCACUUAAGUUCCUUGAGUACUCUUUGAUAUAUGAUGAAUCGGGUAGAGGGCAGUCCAUGGACAGCCAAAUACAAAUACACAAGACAAUCCCAAGGCAAGGUCACAAAAAAUUACAUGUUUUUCAGAGAAAGUCAAUAAAAAAAAUUGACUUCUUUCCUCCUCAAAACGUAGGGAAACAUUGUCUCCUGUUAAUGGCUGUUAAUGGUUUCCUUUAAAGCUAUGAAAAAUAGUAAUGUAGUAUUUAAAAUGUAUUAUGAAUAUUAUUGUGAUGAAAUGUGAAUGCAAAUUUUAAGUGUAUUUGGACCUACCCAACCUGACCAAGGGCUGCAGUUGUUAAGUGUUCUUGUUUUAUGAGUUUAAUUUAAAGCUACAGGAAAAACCUUUUUCCAUAUCUGUUUUAAAUGCCAAAUUUUCAAAUUAGCAGAACAUGUCACAAUACCAUACAAUUGUACUACACACAAAAGAGCACUGAACUUUUUUUUUUUACAAUAAACACCCACAACAUU